CGAUAUUGUCGGUCUUACACUUCGGUUAGCAACCAGAUUUUACGCCAGGUCUCCUUUCACCGCACAUACGACGGUGUCCUCGCCGUUCGCUGGGCUGAAUGGCCAUCUCCAGCUACUUCUCUACCCCGCAACGGGCCAAUGGUUAUCCAGAGAAAACCCGUCUUUCCAAUGGCCUUCCCACUUAUUCUUCGGCAGUCCAGGAGAAAAUGAACAGACACGGUCGGUCUAUGUCAUGGGUGGUCCCCGUUACUGUUGCUAUCCCCGGCGUUCGCACCCGCCGUCUGCGUCUUUAUAUGCCAAACCUCAGUCGCGUCCACCAUCUGGGUAUUUCUCGCUUCGUCCGCAGACGCGGUCCAAUGGUACUUUGCUUCCUUGUCAUCAUCUCCGUCUUCGCCGUCCUCUCAUUUGCACGGCGGUUCGGACCUGAGGAAAAGCAGUGGACGCCAAACUUUGGUGAACCAUCUACCCUCGUCUUUGGUCGCGAAGAUUUGCAACGCAUAUGGAAGUGGGAAAUUUCCGGUGGUCACUACCCAAGCAAACGCGAGAUUCCCGAACAAAUAGGGCUGACGGAGCCUCCCCUCAAUCCUGCCCUCCCCCCGCGAAAAGCUCCAUCCCUACCCUCACGCUUCAGACCUCCUCCGGGGCCCGUGUCCACUACAACGCGUGGUGAUGGUCCGCGACGCGUCUACCUUGAUUUACAGGGCCAACCUCCCGGUGUUGCAUACCCCCCUCGCCCCGUUCCUGGUUCGGUUGCUGACUUGGACAGUGUCAUGGACCAUUGCGACUUUUCGCAGAACAAAUAUGUGCGUGAUUGUCUAGAAGUCUUACGAGUGGGCGCUGGCCUCGAUAAUGGCAAUCAUGUCCGGCGAGGAAAAAUGGACGAGUGGAAAUACAUCUAUAUGGAGCAAGAUCGCGAGAAUUUCACCGAGCCUGCUCAGAUGUCCUUGGGUAACGUAAUGGCACCUCGACCCCUCCAGUCCACGGGCAUCCAAGACCCCAAUGCGGGCCUCAUCAAAAAGCGUGGUGUAGAAUGGGAAGCUCCACUAGAACUUCGACCUACUUUACAACAUACCCCGUACUCGAGUCUUCCAUCGCCCUGCGACCCAGAGAACCCUCGCGUUUUCCAUCUCUUUUGGACUGGUCCGUUUACCGACAAGCCCUACCUCGCUCUUCUAUCUUUCCUCUUUACUCAGAACCUUGGUCUUCACCUCAAAGAUGGCUCGGAGCCAAAUGUCUGCAGACCGGAGUUCUGGCUAUGGAUUAACCCAGGCCCUGCAGCUUCCAUACCCAAUCCAAAUGCACUCGGCGAUAUGUUCGAUCAACUCAAAACGAAUCCUUGGGCAGCUCCCUUCUUGCACCCGCGGUUUAAGGACGUGAUUAAAUUCAAACUUUGGAAUACCACGGAGCAGCUCGACGGAGUUCCAGAGAUCAAAAACGAAUGGCGCGAACUCAGAGAAACGCUAUUUAAUUCCGGUGGCCACAUCAUCAACGUUCCCGUCGAAAAGCAGCAAACUUCCUCAAGUAUAGUCGAGGAAGCGAGCAACGCCACGAACGUUGACGCCAAGCCGUCAGCUACUGGUGGUGAUAAGUCAGAUGAAGACGACAUGCUAAAUCGCUUGGGCUCCAAGUCCUCGUCUUCCUACGACCGCCUCUCCGUUAUCUUGUCCGAUAUGGCGCGGUUCGUCUUAUGUCACAGGUUCGGUGGUAUCUAUCUCGAUGCAGAUACCAUCUUUUUACGAGACUGGGAGGAACUGUGGGGCUGGAAAGGUGCUUUUGCUUAUCGAUGGUCCCGCCUGAAGAAGUACAACACCGCUGUGCUUCGCAUGAACAAGAAUUCAGCCCUGGGGUCGUUCCUUUUCCGUACGGCUCUUAGGAAUGGUCUUGACUUCCAUCCUAUGACGGUUUCUCGGUACACAAAGGAUGCACACCUUGAAGGACUGUUGUUACGCCUUCCAGAUGCACUGUUUGACUCAGCAUGGCUUAACACCGAAGUAUUCCAACGCGAGAGACCACCCCAGCCUUACUUCACUGAGUUUGCCGACUUCUUCGACACUCCAGCGCAGUCGAGUGCACAACCCCAGGCACUAGGGUUUGAUGGUUUCUUCCGUGGGGCGUAUUCCUAUCACUUCCAUAACUUCUGGUGGAAGCCUUUUGAUCCUUCGCGCAAUUGGCCAGAUCUUGGCCCAAGGUUUUCUGCUGGCGAGAAGGCAGCCCGUGCUGCUGCAAUGCCUGAUAUCGAUCCCGAAGAAUGGGCAGACAAAGUUGCUGAUGAUAAAAGAGACCUCGAUUGGGCGACUGUUCUUAAGCGGACCUUUGAAGCAUACAUCCGAAACGAAAGACCAAACAUGUACGGCGAAUGGCUUCAAUGGUAACGUUGAACCCAAGCUCCGAGUGCUUUUGCUUCGUGCUUUCACGUUUGGUCAAUCGAUCUUGGCCCGAUAUCACUGUUCUUCAAUAUCCUUAAGAACACAGAAUUUGCCACUCUUUCUAUUGUUGGAUUAGGACCUCAAACAGACCGCGACGUAUACCUUUCAGAUGAUUAUAACUUGUCGUGUAUAUCUUUGCGGACCGUCAUAGACAGCCGGUGGAGGAUGCCGAAACCAUAGGACUUGCUUAGGUCUUAACGUAGCCGAUUUUAAUGGUCUUUAGCUUUACGCACGAGCAUUUGAAGGCUUGAAACGCGACGCUGCAUGUGCAACACUAAACAGAUAAAAUAAAAAGGUGGUCGCGUAACUUGUGUAGUAUGACGCUAUGACGCUGCAUUAUGAC